CGUUCGGUGAUGACGUACUAAUGGAUGACGCUGCGCAUGCGCAGUGCUGACUUGCAGCCGGUGUGUGUGCAUGGUGUCCGAGAAGAGGCCCAGUGACAUGCAGGAGGAACAGGAAAUGGGAUUAUCCAGCAAUUCCAUCGAUGUCACAAACUCAGAGGAUGAUUCCACAUCCCCUUCUAAAAACAAGGAGAUAAUCGUUGCCCCUGGGGAGCACCCACUGCAAUAUAAGUACACAUUCUGGUACUCUCGUAGAACACCAUCCCGGCCAGCAAGUACCCACAACUAUGAGCAGAAUAUCCGACAGUUCGGCACCGUAGCAUCAGUGGAACAGUUCUGGAGAAUAUACAGCCAUAUAGUACGUCCAGGAGACCUUACAGGAUACAGUGAUUUUCAUCUCUUCAAAGAUGGCAUCAAACCCAUGUGGGAAGAUGAAGCUAAUAAAAAUGGUGGAAAGUGGAUUAUUCGCCUCCGGAAGGGCCUGGCGUCUCGAUUCUGGGAGAAUAUUAUCCUGGCCAUGCUAGGGGAGCAGUUUAUGGUGGGAGAGGAGAUCUGUGGGGUGGUGGUCUCUAUUCGUUUCCAGGAGGAUCUCCUUUCUAUCUGGAACAAGACGGCCAAUGACCAGCUGAGCACAGUGCGAAUCCGGGACACGUUAAGGAGAGUUUUAAAUCUACCUCCCAAUACAAUCAUGGAAUACAAAACUCACACGGACAGUCUCAAGGACAACUCAAGUUUUCGAAAUACAAAAAUUACCGUAUAGCACCCAGGGCAUGUUUUCUCAAUUACCUCUUAAACGGCCGUGCAGGCAUGAAUGUAUCCAUGGCCUGGGACAAUACGUGGUUUAAAACCUUUUCGAUCCUGAAAGAAUCAUGAAUCUGUUCUACAAACGAAUACUUGGUCUCAGGGCAGCCAUUACUAUAUGCAAAUGAGAACUCAUUGAAAGCCACAUCACCCCAACUUGCCGUCCAUCUUACUGCAGAGGUUUCUGGAAAUACCCGUAACGCAGCAAUGGUAGUAAAAUGCCACGGGUGGGGUGGGCGUAGAUCCAGUGCGUGGCAACUCAGUGUGCCUUUAUAGGGGUUGAGGGGGAAGGAAAGCAAAAUUAAAUGACACAGAAUGACGUCUCUUUUAUUAAAUUAUUAAUAAGAUUAAUAAAUGGCAUUUGUACCUAGA